GCCAUGGCAGCGAUUGGAGUUAUGAGCAAUUCCAUAUUGGGACUUGGAAAAAGGAAACACAGUCCAGGUGGUUUCUCCGAUAUAUAUUCGCCAUCCCCGCAGUUCUCGAGGAAGAUGAUCAUCCCCAGAAGAAUCUGUCGUGAAUGCGCAAGCAUCAAGACCGAUUCGUAGAUCAGCAUGGCUCUAGUUGGGCCCUCCGCCGUCGAUGACGGCCCACGAGAAAGGGAAGCUGUGCUUGUUCCAUGCUCGAUACCUCCAAGGCAAUCAUUGUCCACUCCUUCAUGCAGCCCGCUGCUCCUUGGGAGAAAGCAGACGAUCUGUAAACCCAUCAAUAGUUCAAAAUUUGCUCCUACCAGUCCACCUCGCAGCUAUGUCUUUACCCUAAUCCCCACAGAACGAUCCCCUUUCUUAUCACCUCCCGUACUAUCCAAUGCCGGCGAUCGCCUACCGCGCUCGGUUCAUACGUUCUGCUUUCGCAGGAGGCAACAAGCUGGGUUCUGCCCCGUGCCAAUGAAUGAUCUAGCCACCGCUCUUCAGAAAUUACGUAUUGACCUUCGCCCCCUGCUAGAUAUGAGCCGUGCCUUCGGCUGUAUCUCAGAAGAAAAUUACCAGCGGGUGGAUUCACAGCAGCAAAAGCAGGCUUAGGGCUGUUCUAUCCCCCCAUCAAAUCCGCGAAGACCACGCACCUGGUCCAGGAAAUACUGAUUCUAGGAAUGUUUAAUGAGCAUUAGGGUGUCCAGGAUUCCGUGUACAAGGCCUACAGGGUGAAGCAAUCGAACGGAUGGCUUCACUGCACUGAGUGUAUGGUGGGUUCAAAGCAAUACAUAUACAAACAGUCCGGUCACUCUGCUAAAUUAACUAAUGUGCGAUCUGCAUUGAUGGUGGUGGGGACCGAUCAAGCUAGCAUCUAUUCCGUCCUUCGCAGUGGACAUAGGACCCCCUCUGCUAUCGCCAGGUCCCGGAGGGCACAUGCUAUCAAGGGUUAACCGCUUAGCAAAAUGUAAAUUCAGAGACGCAAGUGUACCUUUUUAAUGACCCUGCACCAAGACAAUGAGCUGCAGAGUGAAUGAUAUUCAGUGUUGAGUGUCCAAAAAAAAAAAAAAAAA